CUCAUUGAAACACAUAAUAAUAAAAUUUUGUAACUGGAAUUCCCUUUUGAGGAAACUAAACUAUUAAUUGUCAAACUUGACCCUUUAAACAUUCACAAAUUCUACUUGGGUUUCUCUCAUUCUCUUCUCUCUUUAUCUCUUUUAAUUCCCCUUUUCGAGAAAGUCUAACCAUGGAUAAGCGUCGCCGGAAGCAACCCAAAACUAGUACUAGUUGCUCUGAAGAGGUGAGCAGUAUUGAAUGGGAGUUCAUAAAAAUGUCCGAACAAGAAGAAGAUCUCAUUUAUAGAAUGUAUAAACUCGUUGGAGACCGGUGGGCACUGAUAGCCGGACGGAUUCCAGGCCGAAAAGCAGAAGAAAUAGAGAGGUUUUGGAUUAUGAGACAUGGAGAAGUGUAUGCCAGUAGACGAAGAGAGCUUAAGAAAUUUAAUUCCUAAUCAUAUUAGUUUGGCUAAUCGCAAUUCGUUAGGGAAUUUGAUUUUCUUUUUUAUCUUAUCUUUUUUUUUUCUUUUGAAGACUUCCUUUUUGUACAAGCCGGUGCUGGUGAGAGUUGCAAGUAUUGUCGCUAAACUAUAUUGUUUAAGUACUGAAGCUUAUAACUUUGUGUUUUUCAAUUA